AGAUAUAUAUAUAUAUAUAUAUAUAUAUAGAGAGAGAGAGAGAGAGAGAGAGAGAGAGAGAGAGAGGCAUGGGUGUUGAUUACUACAAGGUUCUUCAGGUGGAUCGCAGCGUCAAAGACGAUGACUUGAAGAAAGCCUAUCGCAAACUUGCCAUGAAAUGGCACCCCGAUAAAAACCCUAAAAACAAGAAAGAAGCCGAGGCCAAAUUCAAGCAAAUCUCCGAAGCAUACGACGUUUUGAGUGAUCCACAGAAGAGAGCAGUAUACGACCAGUACGGGGAAGAGGGUUUGAAGGGCCAAGUGCCGCCGCCCGGUGGCGGUUCGUUUGCUGGCAUGUCGGAAGGCGGUGGGCCCACAACGUUCCGGUUCAACCCUCGCAAUGCCGACGAUAUUUUUUCUGAGUUUUUCGGGUUUUCGAGUCCGUUCGGAGGAAUGGGGGACAUGGGAGGCCCACGUGCUGGCGGGCCCGGGUUUUCGAGGAGUAUGUUUGCGGAUGAUUUAUUUGCUUCAUUUAGGGGUGGUGGUGGAGAAGGGUCCGGUAAUUUGCCGCGGAAAGGGGUGGCGAUAGAGAGAACAUUGCCGUGUAGUUUGGAGGAUUUGUACAAGGGGACCAGCAAGAAGAUGAAGAUUUCCAGGGAUGUUACUGAUUCUAUUGGGAGACCCACCACAGUGGAAGAAAUUCUUACUAUUGAGAUCAAGCCAGGUUGGAAGAAGGGAACCAAAAUAACUUUUCCAGAAAAGGGAAAUGAACAGCGAGGUGUUAUACCAUCAGACCUUGUCUUUAUUGUUGAUGAAAAGCCUCACAGUGUCUUCAAACGGGAUGGCAAUGAUCUCGUUGUCACACAGAAGAUCUCUCUGGUGGAAGCUCUUACAGGUUACACUGCACAGCUAUCAACACUUGACGGGCGGAAUCUGACAAUACCCAUCACAGCCAUCAUCAGUCCUUCCUAUGAAGAGGUUGUAAAAGGGGAGGGGAUGCCCAUCCCCAAAGAACCAACAAAAAAAGGGAAUUUGAGAAUCAAGUUCAACAUCAAGUUCCCUGCCAAACUUACUUCAGAGCAGAAAACUGGCAUGAAGCGAUUAUUGACGUCUUCAUGAAGACUGGUGGUAGAGCGCCCUAUCCAACUCAUAAAUGUUACCAGCUGUGCCAUGAUGCAAACAUGUUAGUGAGAUUGCAAUGUGGGACUGAAAAGGAAAAGAAGUGAACCUGUGGGCGAUUUCUUGUGAAAAGAUCAUGAUCUGGCAGAUUGCAAGUAAUUUGAAGAGCUGGCAUGUUUUUUUUUUCUUUACUUCAUCGUAUGAAGUGACCCAUUUGUUUGAUGCUUGCACCUUUGGUGAUUGGUGGGUGGCACUGUCUCAAUGCCACAAUCCUAUCUUCUUUCUAUGGAUUGGUGGCUUUGAGGAUAUGGAUAACUUCUCCCAACAGUUGACAUCACAAUAUUGAUGAAAUGCAAUGUGUUUUUUGAUUUCAUAUUUGAAAUGCACAACUUUGUAUUCAAGUUUGUUGAUGUGUAUUGAUGUUGAGGUAGCAAGAUGGAGCAAUCAAUACAGCUUAACUUCACCACUCAGCUGAGAAUCCGUGCUUUGGACUCGAGAGUUCACUUGGGAGACAUAAUCCCGUAAAUUGUAAGUGGGA